UUCUGAGGACGCCGCUGAAGCGGGGCGGGGUUGGAGGGUUCUGCUCCGGAAGCACUGCCUAGGUGGGCCUGCUGGGGUCCCGAGUGCUACCGCGCACGUCUGCACCAUGGCGGCCAGGUUUGUGAGACGAUGGGACGCUGUGCGUGCAGCUGCCCGCAGCGGCCUGCUAGUGUCCUGUCGCAGGUGGUCCGGCGCCUCAACAGACACUGUGUACGACGUGGUGGUGUCGGGUGGAGGCCUGGUGGGAGCUGCCAUGGCCUGUGCCUUGGGAUAUGACAUUCACUUUCAUGACAAGAAAAUCCUGUUGCUAGAAGCAGGUCCAAAGAAAGUAUUGGAGAAAUUGUCAGAAACUUAUAGCAACAGGGUCAGCUCCAUUUCCCCUGGCUCUGCAACGCUUCUCAGUAGUUUUGGUGCCUGGGACCAUAUCUGCAACAUGAGAUACAGAGCUUUUCGGCGAAUGCAGGUGUGGGAUGCCUGCUCAGAGGCCCUGAUAAUGUUUGAUAAGGAUAAUUUAGAUGACAUGGGCUAUAUCGUGGAGAAUGAUGUCAUCAUGCAUGCUCUCACUAAGCAGCUGGAGGCUGUGUCUGACCGAGUGACGGUUCUCUACAGGAGCAAAGCCAUUCGCUAUACCUGGCCUUGUCCAUUUCCUAUGGCAGACUGCAGCCCUUGGGUUCAUAUUACCCUAGGUGAUGGCAGCACCUUCCAGACCAAAUUGUUGAUAGGUGCAGAUGGUCACAACUCAGGAGUACGACAGGCUGCUGGAAUCCAGAAUGUGAGCUGGAACUAUGACCAGUCUGCUGUUGUGGCUACUCUGCAUUUAUCAGAGGCCACGGAAAACAACGUAGCCUGGCAGAGAUUUCUUCCUUCUGGGCCCAUUGCUCUGCUCCCGCUCUCAGACACCUUGAGUUCCUUGGUUUGGUCCACAUCCCAUGAACAUGCAGCAGAGCUAGUUAGCAUGGAUGAGGAACAAUUUGUGGAUGCCGUUAACUCCGCCUUUUGGAGUGAUGCUGACCACACGGACUUCAUCGACACAGCUGGCGCUAUGCUGCAAUAUGCUGUUGGCCUUCUGAAGCCCACUAAGGUCUCGGCUCGCCAGCUGCCCCCAAGCGUAGCAAGGGUGGAUGCCAAAAGCCGAGUUCUGUUUCCUCUUGGGUUGGGACAUGCUGCUGAGUACGUCAGGCCUCGGGUAGCACUCAUUGGGGAUGCAGCCCACAGAGUCCAUCCGCUUGCAGGACAAGGUGUCAACAUGGGCUUUGGGGAUAUCUCCAGCUUGGCCCAUCACCUCAGUACAGCAGCCUUCAAUGGGAAGGACUUAGGCUCCAUGAGCCACCUCACAGGUUAUGAAACAGACAGACAGCGUCACAACACUGCUCUUCUGGCUGCUACAGACUUAUUAAAAAGGCUCUAUUCCACCAGUGCUGCCCCGCUUGUGUUGCUCAGGACGUGGGGCUUGCAGGCCACAAAUGCAGCGUCUCCACUCAAGUGGCUCACACCUGUAAUCCCAGCACUUUAGGAACCUGGGGAGGGAGGACUGCUUGAGCCCAGGAGUUUGAGGCUGCAGUGAGCUAUGAUCACACCACUGCACUCCAGCCCAGUCAACACAGCGAGAUCUUGUCUCCAAAAUGUGUAUGUGUAUAUUUAUAUAUAUGUAUAUAUUUUCUUAGCUGAAAUAAAAUGGACUCUUGGGAAGGAUAUCUACAUGGUUUUUUGCUAAGUUUUUGCUUUGAUCACCUUAGAUACUUUAUUUUCUUCACCUUACAAUGUUAAGAGUUUCACUCACUUUUUUCUCCAGGAACAGAUUAUGGCCUUCGCAAGCAAAUGAGUACUCCUCUUCUAAAGAUCAUGUUGAUGAAAAAGAACAUCCUGCCACAAGACCAUCAUACAUAUUUUCAAGAUCUAAUUUAAUAAAUUUACUUUACAUUAGAAUUCUUUUUCUUCUUUACUUAAUGGGCCUGUGGCACCCAAAUAAUGACAGCUGUGAGGAGAGUAUAUUAGCCAGACCAAAGGUAAAAACUUCGAAGGAAGACUAUUACAGUUUGGUUGAAAAGAGCUUUUUAUUACUAAAACAACCCAUCAGGUGCUGUCUCACUCAUUUCUAAUUGUUAACAAUCAUUUCUAAAGAGAAAUAUAUAUAUAUAUUUAGUGCUGGUCAUAAAUUUAUAGUUGUUUUUUGAUAGAGGUAAGAAUUAGAAAUAGUUGAUGCAUUUUUGUUAGAACUGCUGUUUAAAAAUUAACAUCAGAAUGCAAAUUAAAUAUAAAUUGCUUUAACCUUUGUUACAGGUACAUUGGACUUGCUGAAAAGAAAACCAGAUCUUAUUAAUGCUAGUUAUUACUUUAUCACAGCACCAGAUUCCCAUUUUAUGGUUCCUCUCUGGGACACCAUUGUCUGUUUAAUAAAAUAAAUAAUUCAUUGCACAGAUCCAAAAACCUCAGGAACCAGAUCACAAAGGAAACUGAUUAGCAGCAGAAUUUGUUCAUGUUUGGUGGCAGACUGGUGGCCAGCUGGAGGGAGGGGAGUUUUACAGUGGGUUUUUGAAGAGGUCUCUUCACAAGACCAGAGAUGCCUCUUUAAGAGAUUUUUAGGUCGUGGAUUUGCUUUCUGUAAAGAACAUCUUGCCCAGAAGUCUGAUUUGAAGAUGAAAUGAGGAGAAACAGUCUGCUUUUGAACCAAGUAAGGGAUUCCUGGGAAUAAUUUUUAGAGCCAUGAGAAAUCUGUUCCUACAGGGGCACUUUUCAGGCAAAUGCAGAAGAUUUAAAAGAUUCUACCACACAAAAGUGACAAUGUUAUAAUCUUCCUGGAAUCUCAGGAAAAAGACUUAAAGAUGGCAGCUGCUGUGAAAAGCUACGUGACUGCUGGUGGAGGCUUUGGGGACAAGGUCAUCUUUCACAAAAAAUGGAAAGGUGGCCUAGGUGAGGAGGACACAGACUCUCCAGAAAUAUGCAAACAAAAUUGGGCAAGAUGAAGAAUUUUAAGGCACACCUCCAUUGACCCACAAGGAUGUUCUUCAUAUUACAGUGUUGUUAAACACAACAUCUGUCAUGUGCCAGGCCAUGUCCUAAGUAUUUUAAAUAUAUUAACAACACAUUUGCAAAAAGGAAACUAUUAGAAUCUGUAGGACCCCUUAACAAAAAGCCCAAAGGAUCCACUGCAGGCAGGAUGGGCCUUACAGAAAAAAUGUUUUUUU